GAUUUACUGCAGCACAAUUUAGUUAUAGAGCGAUGACAACGAUAAACUUGUAGACGAUAAUAAUAUGAAAGCGCAAAUGUAUUCGUUAGUGUUACUGGAAAACAACCAACGGCCAAUCGGAUCGCUUCGUUAUCAAUUAACAUAACUUCCGGGAUUUUGACACAGAGUGAUACAAAUUUAUGUCAGGGUUAAUUAACUGAACAACAACAGUGUGGGGAGUCAUACAGAGCUCGAAGCUGGAUCCACACGCGAGGGUCAAUGUGGACUUUAAACCGUCCAAAAGAAUGAAGAAGCGCAGGGAACUAGACGCCCUCGUCGGCGGUGUGAAGUCCCGACGAAAAAAUUCAAACAGCGGUCAUGAAUUAUUAAAAUACAACGGGUCGGACUCUUCAGACGACGAUUUUCAUUUAUCUUCACCAAAAGUCCGGGGUUCAGGGUUAUGUUCAACAUGUACAUCAGUCUUCAUAUUCUUACUGCUUGUUGCCUGUAUGCUAGUAUGUGCUGGACUAACCUGGAUGCAUGUAGAGAUGAAGAAAGAUCUGGAAUUACUUAGAAUAAGCUUGCAAACAGUGGAGAGCCGAAGUAUGGCCAGCACGGAUGACGUGGAGAAACUUUACAAGCAGAUGGCAGCAGUGAAUAAAACCCUUGAACAGCAGAGUAAAUCUCUGAAAACAACGAUCUCCGAUAUAUCAGCUAUAAAUAGAACUGUGUUGCAGCUGUCAGGAAGAGUUGAUAAACUAGGGGAAGGGCUGAAGGCAGCUCCAGAACUCAGACAGUUACCUGAAAAAUUACAGACAGUAUCACAGACUGUGGCAACAAUGGGCAGUGAUGUCAAAAAUAUGAAGGAUACAGUGGAUAAAGUCUCGCCUUUCAUGAAAACAACUAGUGAAUCAAUAGAUUCUCUCAAACAACAGUUUGAAACAGUCAAAAAUCAGGUUUCUGCAAGUGAGGUUACACCAGACAGAGAGAGCAUGAAACCAGACCUGGCAAAUGUGAUUCAGGGACUAUCCAACCAGCUACAGACAGUGAAUUCUUCAGUGUCUACCCAGUUGUCAGUGUUGAUGAAGAGCAAUAGUCAGCAGGAGGAGAGAAUAGUGAAGCUGGAGGAGACGAGUCAGAUGUUGAUGAAAAACAUAUCCAGUAUAUCUACAGACCACACAUCUAUUGCCAGUGAACAUGAUUUACUCACUGAUGACUAUACUAGUGAGAAAUUCAAGUCAAGUGUCACAGACAUUGUUCAAGAUUUGCUGAGUGAUGAAAGUCCACUUCCAUCUAAUAGCAAUAUAGAAGCAGUAAUGGCGAAUAUAACACAAGUACUUGGCACUCUGAAAGACAUGGAAGAAAAAUAUGAAAAUCUUGAGUCACAGCCUGGACCUGUGACAGAUGGGGACAAUGAGUAUGUCAGUAUGGAAAUGUUCAAAACAUUAGGUGAUGGAUUUGAGACAAAAGUUGAGAAUUUGAACUCAUCAUUUAUCAGUCUGAAAACAGAUGUAACCACGAUGUCACAAUUGUUGACAAAACAGUCCAAUACAGUAACAAAUCUCACUCAUCAGGUUGAUGCUACCAGACUGUAUCUAGCAACACUGAUGCAGAAACUAGCAGGUACCAGUGCUGCCCCUGAAGUAUCUGAGGGGCCAGGUAGUACAGAGAAAGUUACAAAGACAACUACAGUAAAACCUGGGGAGUUUGUAACAACGAAGAAAGAGGAGGAAAACACGACUAAAGGUCCAGGUACAAGUCCAGUGGCGAGUACAUCACAGUCAGAGCAAGGAACCAUCCAUGUGGAUUUUAUAAAAACACCACAAGAGCUGGAUACAAAUUUCCGUCGAUGGGAUCGUGCAGGCACUGGACAAGUAAACUAUGAUGUAUUAGAUGGUUUUCUGGGACCGCAGACCCCGAAAGAGGAAGAUCUCAAACCCUAUGAUGAGGACAACAAUGGACUAUAUUCACUUGCUGAAUUCGCAAAAGCAUUUGGAAUUUCACUUGCAACAACAACAACAACAGAAACAGUUACAGAACCUACACCACCACCUAGAUAGAGGAAUAGAAGCCAUGUUGUUGCUAAGCAACUGAGGAAAAACAAAUGUUUAAAUGUCCCAAACAUUCAUCUUGAAAAGCUGAUUUUUGUAAUAGAUUGAUAGGUUGUAAUAAUAUUUUUUUCUAAGAAAAUGCUACCUAUUCGAACUUGUAAAUUUUUAAUGGAAGAAAUUGAUCUCUGAUUGGAGUGUGAGGUUGUUUUUGAAUUUCCGUAUUUUCAAAUUUUAUUUUAAAGAACAAAAAUAUGAAAUUAGCCAUGUUCUAAAUGUCUAUUUAUUUGCAAAAUGAGUGCUAAAUGUGUAACAGUGAGCAGGAUGACUGCCAGUUGUGUUACAUAUAGGAAAAUGACUACUAAAUGACAAACAGAUAGCAGAACAACUGUCGUGUAUGAUAAAUUUUUUAUCUAAUUUUCUUCACAGCGCUACACAUAGAAAGAUUCAAUGACUUGGAAAUGACAUGCACUUACACACUCCUUGUGCACUAAGCUUUCCAUUUCUGCAGAUUUUUUUUUUUUUUUUUAAUCACUUGUAGAAGAAUACUUGGGCAUCAAUAAUGAAUAUGUUAGAUUUGUAAAAAAAAAAAAUGUUGAAGAAAAGAGCUUGUUUUGCACUGUUUUAUCAAAAACUUGGGUGUUUGACAGAUAAAACUUUUGCAUAUAUAGAAUCAUUGAAGAGUGAAUUAGUAUGUGCAUUUAUGUAUAAAAGUCCAAAUUGUAUUUAUUAUUGCAUUUGACAGUUACUAAAGAAUGUGUGAAAAUAUAUGAGGAAAAUUUGUGUGCUUUAGAUAUACAUGAUUGUAUGUAUUGUGACUGUAAGUAGGUAAAAUAUACAUGUUAUACAGCGAAAUGCUAUUCAUAUAAAGUUUAUUUUGAAUAGAUUUGUAAAUAUACUACUUAAAUAAUAUUUCAGAGUCUGGAAAGAUAAUUUGUGUUUAAAACUGGCAAAAGUUUAGUAUUUUAUGUGCCAUGUUUGUUUUCUGUUUGUUAAUAUAUUGUACUUCUUAAAUUGUUUGUGAUAAGUGUCUCCAUAAUCGUUUUAAAUUGUGAUAAUACAUUAUUGUUGAUCAUGUAGUUGAGAUUUUUCAUUACAAUCAUUUUGGUAAUAUCGUUGAUUCUAUGAACUGUUAAGUGCUUGUUAUGUAAAUUUUGUUCAGUUUUGUUUUUUAUGUCUGAGAGUAAUUUGUGAUCUUUAUUCUGCCAGUUCUGUUAAAUUAUUUCCUGCCUGACUAGCAGAGUUUGAAACCUUUCCAUAGAGAUGACUAAAACAAGUUUGAAACCUUUCCAUAGAGUUGACUAAAAAAAAGUUUGAAACCUUUCCAUAGAGUUGACUAAAAAAAGUUUGAAACCUUUCCAUAGAGUUGACUAAAAAUGUUUGAAACCUUUCCAUAGAGUUGACUAAAAAAAGUUUGAAACCUUUCCAUAGAGUUGACUAAAAACGUUUGAAACCUGUAGUCCUGUUUGGCGCCAUAUAACCUAUACUGUGUUUGUGCGCCGUAAAACCCAAAUAAAUAAAUAAAUUUC